AUGCCUCUCCCGACUGAUCCCGCAGUUGUAAAAACGAGUGAAGGUUUAGUCCAUCAGCUCCAAUCCAUGUUUGGCAAACACGGCGGAAAACGUCCUGCACACGCGAAAGGGCUCCUCUUAACGGGAACCUUCAUCCCCCUCCCGGAAGCCAGCACGCUCUCCACAGCCCUCCACUUCAACAACCCCUCCACCCCCAUCUGGAUCCGCUUCUCCAACUCCACAGGAAUCCCCAGCAUCCCCGAUUUCGACGCGCACGCCGAUCCCCGCGGCAUAGCAAUCCGCUUUAUCCUCGACGCCGAAAAACACAAACACACCGAUAUCGUCGCCCACUCUACUCCCUUCUUCCCAACCCGCACAGGGGAAGAAUUCCUCGAAUUCCUCAAAGCAGCAGCUACUAGCGGCGACGCCGUCGCAAGUCCAAAACCCAUUGAAAAAUUCCUAGAAACUCAUCCUAAAGCGCUCGCUUUUGUUACGGCGCCUAAACCCGCGCCAACGAGUUGGGUUAGGGAAACUUAUUGGAGUGUUAAUGCUUUUAAAUUUAUUGCGAAGGAUGGAAGUGUGACGUUUGUGAGGUAUAGGAUUAUUCCUGUAGAAGGGGUUGAAAUAGCGAGUGAAGAGCAGAAGAAGAGUUUUGGGGAGAAUUAUCUUACUGAGGAGGUGACGGCGAGGUUGGAGAAGGGAUCGGCGGAAUUUAAAUUGCUGGUGCAGAUUGCGGGGGAAGGGGAUGUAACGGAUGAUGCGACGGAGCAUUGGGGUGAGGAGAGGAAGAUUGUGGAGUUGGGGACGAUUAGGGUGGAGGGUUUGUUGGAGGAUAAUGAGAAGGAGCAGAAACAUGUGAUUUUUGAUCCGAUUCCUAGGGUCGAGGGUAUAGAUGUUAGUGGGGAUCCGUUGUUGGAUGUUAGGGCCGGUGCUUAUUUGAUUAGUGGGAAGGAGAGGAGAGCUGCUGCUUAG